AUGCAUUACUCUAUACUCUUUUUCUCUUUCCUCAUCUCGCUCGCAGCUGCGGCACCCCAGAUCGUUCUAGGGGGGCGCGACGACCAACCGGGCGGCACUCUUCAGUUCCAGCUCGACGAGUACACGGCCACGUCAAACACCAUCAUCAACAUCCCCGGCAAGAAGACGUUCGACGACCCCGCCCGCCCGCUUAGCGUCAUAGGGUGUGGCGUCGUCGCCGUCAAGGGCAUCGACGACCCGGACUCCAUCAGCUGCAAGGCCCUCGAUGCCAACGGAGACGAGGUCGGCCAGUUCGGCGCCGGCAACCCACAGAUGAUGGCCGACGGCAAGAAGGUCACCAUCCGCGAGAUCGAGUGCACCAUGACGGAUGGAUCUGCCUCCACCAAGAAGGACGGAUCUUCAUCUCCAAAGGGCGGCAAGGGCAAGCCAUGA